UCAAUUCAUUCACUUCUUCCUUUUUAUUUUCAUUUUAAUUCAGCACGUAUUGCACAGUAUAACAACUACUUGUGCAUCACUACAUCAAUACAUCACUGCAGCCACCACCCUAGUACAUAGUCUCAGUUAUCUUCCAUUCCUCCACCAUCACCUCCUCCAACAAAUUUUCUUUUUUAUCGUCGUUGCGAAACUAGACCGUUGGCAAACAACUUUGUUUUCCUGCCUCGUUUCUACGCCUCCGUAGCACAGCUCACGUGACCAGAAUGCCAGUCUUGUGCAUCCAGAGCUGACGGUGCCAUGGAGACGUCUGUGGGUGCACGCAUCAGUCUGUUGUUAUGCCUUUAUACACGUGUGGACGCUUGCAUGUGUGUGUGUGGUCGUGUUUGAUGUCUGCUCUUGUGUCUCUGUGUGUGUGUGUGAGAGAGAUAUCAAAGGAUAAUGAUAAUGGAGCUCACAAGAGGAAAAGUCGAAUACGAGGGAAAUAACUGCUAAGUGUAGGGUAGGAAUGGACAAUGACAUGAGCAGAAUCCUACUUUACACCUUUGGUGACCCUCGUGAAGUCUCUUCAGAUGUCAAAGAUCACAAAAACCAAUAAAGAGGAAAUUUUACCAAAAAUAUUACAGAUUUAGCCAUGAGCAUUUUUUACUGACUACCUCAGAUAUUCUUUCCAGAAAAAUUGGUGAAAAUACCCUUUCCUUUUUGAGAUAGCCAUUAACUGUCACAAACCUGCUUUCUUUCUUAAUCGUUCGGAUGGAAGGAAAUGGGAAAGGUGGACGGGCGGCCAGUUUUUCUUUUGAUCUGCAGGUGUCAUUGAGACGCUCCACUUGUACCAAUGAGAUCAGGACCGAGAGAUAAAAAAGUGAUUUUUGCUACUGCUUGUUGUCCUUGACCUGAGCAGGGAAAACUAACAGUUUGUUGUUGUUGGUGUGUGUGGUCCUGACAGGACCUGUAAACAGUGUAAAUUAUUCACAUGAAAACCUGUCGUGAAUUUGUGUCAGGUUUGUUUUGAAUCUGUGACGGUUGUGUUCAGGACACAUGUUAAAGAGCCGUCUGGUGAAGCCCCUGUAGCCAAGGCCAAGAUGAGUGAUGUAGCGGAACUGAUGGCACCACAUACCCUGUCGCCCAUUGUUUCCCUUUUUGCCGCCGCAGUUUGAGGUGAGUGCUGCUUUAUAAAGGACAGAAAGCUGUCUGGGUGCUGACUUUGACUUGUUGCAGGGAGGAACAGACCUUUGUCCACACAGCCAUGGCGGUGCCACGAGGUGUGACUGUGUGUCUGCUGGUGAUGAUGACACUGUCACUGUCACUGGAUGCUGCUGCAAGUCCUGUCAGCUCGCAGGAGUCAGACAAUCAGCACAGCAGACGACUUCAGCGUCUGGAGGCGGAGAUGGAAAUUCUUCGCAAGUUUGUAACAGAAGUCAAACAGGACUGCAGAAGUGGACUUCAGGGUCCACAGACGUCCAUGUUGUGGAGAGUAGCACAGGAAGUCUCGGAGCUGCGCGCGCAUCUUCAGGAAGCUGAGAUGAGAAAAGAAUUAUCGAAUCUCCGCGAAAGACUCUCCACACUGCAGACCGGCCUGCACACAGGAAUGUCUGAGGUGGAAGGAAUGAAGGCGAACCAGACAAAAGAAUCCAAUUUGCCUCAACGACCAAAGGUAGCUUUUCUGGGCAAGUUUCCAUACCAAGAUGGCGGCAUAAGAAUUCCAGCAUCAGCUCCUCUCAACUUCACUGAAGUCUUUGAUAUUGGAAAUGGAUUUGAGGAAGGGGAGGGUGUAUACACUGUUCCAUACUCUGGUGUUUACUUAAUCAACUUCCAGGUGUUCCCAUACCAAUCUAAGGACAAUCUGGUUGACCUCAAGAUGAAUGGCAAUACCUUGGUGAGAAGCCGACCGGGAAGUGGAUUGCCAGAUACAUAUAAUAAUAAUAAGCAGUAUGCAGUAGCGGCUUCCUCAGGCAUUGUAGUGGUGGCGUCUGCUGGUGACCGGAUCUGGCUGCAGACCAGACACGAAGGCCUUUUCUGGGCUGAGCAUCAUACUUUUUUGUCCGUGGUCCUCAUCAUUCCUGACGACUAACUAAAGUGGAAGUUGGGGCGAGACAGCUUGCUCAGUGUGCUCAGCAAAUCGUACAAUUCGAUCCAAAUACACCUUUUGAAGAUUUAGUUCAAAAAUACAUCAAUAAAAUAGAGUACUUUGAAAAAUA